AGAGAAAUAUUUGGCUAUGUAAAAAAAGUGAACGAGGACGACUGAACGUUUUGUUUCAGUUCGUGCUCGUCCUCGUCAGAAUUGAGGACUUGUCCUCGAUGAAGACCUCGGAAAGCUUUUGAACAGUAUUCUCGGAGUGACUUGGAACAUCGUCCGAAAAUGUCCGUGCCACCCGACGCGCAGAUGGUGGAGCAACUCGUUGCGAUGGGCUUCAACGAUGUUGAGGCGAAACAAGCUCUGAUAUCUGCUGAUAAUGACAUGGCCACGGCAGUAUCCUACCUCACUGACGGGCCACAAGGUACAUCGAAUAACAACGAGCCCAUGGAGCUGGACAAGAUAACUAACUACGGCUCCAAUGGUGACUCACCUCCACCUUUGCUCAACUCGGAUGAAAAUACGGAUGUGUUUCACGAUACCAAUGAGAGUCUUCCUAGCUAUGAGCAGGCGUUGCAAGUUGAUACUGGUCAGAGUAAUACUGAAGUGGAAAUGGAUGCCGAAGAGUCACAGGAGGUUCCUUCUACUAGAGACGGCGGAGACGAAAUGCAACAGGGGACGGUUGAUAGUACAUCUUUGAGUGAAUUCCCUUUGACCAAUUUGUACGAAUUGGAAGGUCGCUUGUUCACAGACUCCUGGUCCAUUCCGUUUCGUCGCAACGAGUCCCUGGGUAAAUGCCUGAUAGCCACAAUUACGCUUGCGAAGUUGGGCCUGGCUGAGGAAGAUGAAAAUUGUGUAAGAUUUACAUCAAGAUGCUUACCAGAGUCUUUUGAAAAGUUACACAAGUCUAGUGCUGUUCAGCGCUGGGCCAAGGACAUCCAAGAGGGUAUUUUUGACAUGACCGACCUGCUAAUGGAGCUAGUGGCUGCUCGUCUCAAACAUGGAGCAACUCCAGUUAAUCUUCUCAAUGUCCUGGCUGUGACUUGGGAACAAGAGUCAGAGUUUCAUUUCAAGCAUAAACGCAAGUCUGACUCACCUAUCAACUUGGCACCAACGUACGCUGUGACGCCUUCACCCAUUUACAAGGACCCGCUGCGGUGGUUGCUUGAUCUCAUGAACCGAUUUGGUGAGUGUGGUGGAUUUCAGCUGCUGUGCGACCGAAUAACAAGCUCAGAGCCACUCACUAUGCAGGAAUUGGCCGCACUGCUUGCCCCCUUCUCACAGAGUGCAGAGUUUCUAACGUCGUCACAAAAGGCAUUGCUACGCCCCGUGGUUGACAAGUGUUUGGCGCUCAUCAACGACUUGACCGAGGAGGACUUGAAAAAUAAGCACAUUGGAUUUCUGUCAGACAUCUUGCAUGUACUGAAACUCAUCUUGUACAAGUUCUGGAAGAACGAGCUGAGCACUGUUGAUGACUUGAGACUGAAGACCAUCAUGCGCAUGCUGAAGACGCCGCAUUUCAGUGCCAAGAUGAACAGCUUGAGAGAGGUCAGCAAGCUCAUUGAGGAGAGUAUUUCUAGCGCCAGUAGCAAGUACAAACGUCCCAUUCAGCAUCACGAACUCGUCAGGUGGCUGCUUGAGAAUCGCGUGCUAUCUAUUGCUUUGGAAGGAAACUUGCAUCAGACGCAGUACUGUGAGCGCUUGAAAGCGAUCAUGGAAUUCCUCGGCGACAAGUUGACUUUGGAGGAGCUGAGCAAUAUCUGGAACUUGCAGGAUGGCCAGCACCAGGUCGUCAUCGACAACAUUCACAUGCUCAUUGCGUCUGUGUCGACGCGCUUCACACAGGAGCAGCUUGAUCACCUUUUCCAAUUGAUAAAGCAGAGCUGGACUUCAGAGAGCAAUCGUGCACGUGAGAAGCUGCUGGUCCUCGUUGGAAAGCUGGGCAAAGAUGAUCGGAUUGGCAAGAUUUCUGGUCAGAUUCUGGAGUUGCUCUGGGAUCUCGCCCAUCUGGAUACCCUGCCAACCGAAAUUGUUGAACAGGCUCUGCGCUCCCACUCAUCCGUGUUGGUGGACUCGUUCAACACCAAGGAGCAAGUUCGACGCAAGUACGCAAUUCUGUGCGUUGAAGACAUCAAGCAUAACACAUGGGUAGUACCGGCUUUCAAGCAGCUGUUAAAGAUUCUCAAAGCUAUUAAUCGCUCACAUCAUCAGAAGCCAGAGCGGGCAAUCAUUCCCGACAUCCAGAAGCAGACUGAUUUGUUGAAGCUCACAGUAAAUAGCUUGCAGAGAUGCCAUGCUGCUGCGUGUCAGCUGGUCAAGCCUCCACAGUCGCUUACCGUUGUCAAAGUAGAUGGCCGGUACACACAUGACGAGUGCAUGGCUGUUCACCUGAAGUUUUUGGCUGUGGUGCUUCAAGAGGGUCUGCUGUACCUGCCAUUCCGGAAUGCCAAGGAUAUCUGGGACUGCUUAGUGGCGAAUCCUAAUGCAUGCGAACAUGACAAUGAGGCUUGCUUUGAGUGGUUCUGUAAUCGCAUCAAAGACAUGGAGAUCGACACCAUCAUGACCAUGUUUGAGCAACGCCUACUGUUUUAUGAUGCCGCCAAGCUGACAGUCAAGAGUUUCUCUUGCAUCCGCGCGUUCUACGACCAUAUCAAUGAGAACGAGCGGCAUCUUCGGCGUACGGGUGUUGGAUUGGCUUCUGAUAAAGUCGAGCUUCAUGGCCUUCACUAUAUGUGGCAGGCUGCACUUCAAUCCACCUCGUCUGUGGUUGCUGAUGAUGCCAUAGCUCUGCUAUUGCUGGCAUACAGUGGCAAUCGUCUCAAGAGAGAUGGCGACUUUUCAGGCAAACACAGGUCGUUUUUUGCUCAAUGCUUCAAGCUCCUGGAGGAAAACUUGGCCAAUUUGAACAGUAGUAAUUGCUCCUCCGUUGCUGGUGGUCUUGAGCAAGCAGCUAUGGCGGCGUUAGCGCCCACUGCUCCCGAUCUGCCACUCCAGGUAGCGGAAAAGCAAGCCCGUGUCCGCAGCAUUGAGCGUCUUCUACUGCUGGCAGAGCGGUACAUUGACAAGUAUGAGAACACUUCCUUCCGACGGAUCUGCUUACCACAUGGUGCAAUGUUUCACGGUGCACAGUAUAAGCUGCUUGUUAUCUUUGAGCAAAAUAAGACCAGUUUUGACCUCGAGACCCACAGCAACGAGACAUUGGCCAACCUCCGGCAGAAGAUUGCCAAGCGCAUGAACGUCUCUGCGGAGUAUGUGUCAAUGACGCACAAUGAUAGAGUGCUGAUGCCGUCCGAGAACUCAAAGCUGUUGAGCCAACUGUACAUUGUGGAUGGAGAUACACUAUCUGUCCGCCAGAUGUAUGCCCCAACAGUGAACAACAACAUCAUGGAGACGGCUGGUGGUAGUAUGCCUCCACAGCGGCAGGCUGUACUGAUGGAGCAGGAGAAGCAACAGCCCAGUGUGAUACUAGCUGGUAUGGGUGAAGUGUUCAGUAUGCUGUACAAGCUGGGUGCACUGGCAGAGCCGGACCUGAUUCUACGUGUACGUAGCCUGCUGAUGCUGGUGCCGACUGAUCCUUCUGUGAUGUCAUUCAUCAAGUCACUUUGCCAGGACAACGUUAUCAUGGCGGAUGGUGUAAGUGCCGCUGAGGCCGACAUGACGUCAAUCGGUGUCAGCAACGCUGAUCCGCUGAUGUCGGAUGGGAGCAGCAGCGCCUCCGAAGGCGCAUCGUCGGCCAAGCUCAAUCUUGUCACUCUGUUGAGCCCUAGCGCGCCGGGAAUGUCAGCAUUCAGGGUGCUCUACAAUCUGGAGGUCCUAAGCAGUCGUUUGCGCCCUGCCGGCAUUGCAGCGGAAUCGCAGGCGGAGGCAGCUCAGUUCAUUGAUAGCUUCCUCUCUGCUGGCGGCCUGCCAUUGCUGCUGAACAUUCUCAAGGACAAGGCUAUCCCGCCACAUGUGGAUCCUGAAAUUCAACAAGAAGUCAUCAGCCGCACAUUGAACUUGCUCAACUUGGUGUUGACACACACUGUUGCAGUGAAGGGCAUGGAAAAGUCAACCAGCAAGACUAGCUUGUGCAGUGAUGAGCUGUGUGAUGAAGAGGCCAUGGAUGCUGGACGUAAUGUGCUGCAGCAAAUGGACUCCAGUGAGCUGCAAGCCGCCAUCACUGGCUUUGUCCGUGUGGCCUGGUCUGCGGCCGCCGGUCAACUGCACUAUGCACUGCCCGAGCAAGCCACCGCCACCAGCAGCAGCAAAUCAGCAGAGGCCGCCGGUCAGGCAGCCAUUGUCCCGUGCACGCCCAGCAAACGGCCAAGACUCCGCUCUGGCCUGUGUGUGGCGAGUGAAUUUGUCAGUGAUAAGAAUGCUGAUAUUGCAGCCGAUGCCUUCCGCUUGAUUGUGUUCUGUGCGAAUCGUCAUCAUGACGCCUAUGGCAUCUUCCGUAAUCUGCCCAACAUCGCCGACUUCAUCAUUGAUGUUCUCAUUGGCUGUCCAAAUGAUGCUGUCCGGCAUGCUGCGCUGGAGAACUUCUGUGCCUUGUGUCGCCUUGGUGUUGCAGUGCCCAUUUGCGAAUUGAAGGAUAGCGCCCACUAUUUCUUUCUCCAUGUCCUGCUGAGAGCACAGCUGCCACUAUGGUCUUCAGCUGGCAUCAUUCGUGGCGAGCAGAAUCGCAAGCUGAUGUCUCAGAGUCUGGAGUACUUUGACUUGCGAGGGCGGUUACUGCAGAAUCUCAACUUUGAAGAGCAGGCUGCACUGGAUGUUGACCUCCCAAGCAUGCUGGACGUGGAGCUAGCCUGGUUGAAUGAUCCUAACUUGCCAGACAAUGCCAGUGUGCCACACAUCAGCACUGUCCUUGUUGGCCACAUGGGCUUGAUUCGCCUUCUGUUCACAUGCGAAGGCAGCAGCAAGUCCAAGGAAGGCCCCGCAUUGAUUGAGACACUAUUGCAUCGAUUCCUGUUUGAAGCGUCUAAGCUCUGCCUGGACCGUGGUGCUGAUGCUGGCAGCAGCGAGGAGGCCAAGAUCAUCACCGGCCAACCUCCCAGGUGCGAUUCGCGUUGCCAGUCUGCGGCUUAUUCGCUGCUGGUCACGCUAGCGCAUGGCUGUCCAGAGAACCUGACAUACUUGGUACACCAGCUGUUGACUAUGCAUCACCAGUUCAACCCAGAGGUUGCCAAACAGUGGGAUACUGUACCUCAGGUUGCCGAGCGCUCAUCGAGUGGCUAUGUUGGUCUGCGCAAUGCCGGAGCAACUUGCUACAUGAACUCAGUUCUACAACAGUUCCAUAUGGUCAACGGCAUCAAGGAGGCUCUGCUUGCUGUCGAUAGUGAUGGACUAGAAGACAGCAACGUCUUCUUUCAGAUGCAGUGCAUCAUGGCCUAUCUGAUGGAAAGCAAGCAGCAGUUCUACUCGCCGGACAAGUUCUGGUCAUCUUUUAAGCUCUUUGGAGAUGCUAUCAAUGUGCGCGAACAGCAGGAUGCUUUCGAGUUCUUCAACAGCCUCACUGAUCAGUUAGACGAGGAGCUGAAGAAAUACAAGAAAGAGCCCGUGUUCGCCAAGUCAUUUGGUGGUGUGUUUGGAGAUCAAAAGCUGUGCCGUGGUUGUCCUCACCGGUAUGAAAGAGAAGAGCCUUUCUGCACUUUGCAGCUUGGUCUGACUGAUGGAAAGUUGAAAGAAUCACUGGAGUUGUUUGUAAAGGGCGAGCUGCUCGAAGGUGACAAUGCAUACUUCUGUGAGAAGUGUGAGCAGAAGCGUGAUACACUGAAGCGCAUCUGCAUCAAGACCAUGCCAAACACUCUCGUUAUGCAGUUGAAACGAUUCUGUUUUGACUGGGAACAACAGAGGGCACUGAAAUUUGAUGAUCACUUUGAGUUUCCUUGGGUGAUUGACAUGGCUCCAUACACGGAGGCUGGAAUGGCCCUGAAAGAGAAGAAUGCUGCUCCUGAUACUGAUGCUGCGUCACCUGAAAGCGAGGUUGCGGAUGCUACAAGCGACAGUGCAACAUUAAGGACUUCCGUAUCGCGUUCUAGCAUGGACACGGCUGUUUCUUCCCUGUCCAGUAGUGCUGGUGAUGCUACGAAUGCUGAUGCAACCGCCGACGACAAUGAUCAAGAUAUCGGUGCUGCAUCUGACCAGGACGAAGCCACUGAGGCUGCUCCAGCGCACAGUGCGAAACUUACAGAACAGUGGUUUGAGCUUGUUGGUGUGGUGGUGCAUAGUGGACAGGCUAACUCUGGCCAUUAUUAUUCCUUCAUCAAAGAAAGACAGCCACGUACCAGCGCUGAUGCUACGGCUGAGGAUCUAGUGUGUCCGCCAGAGGAACGGGAUGGUGCUCCUGCCCCAUCGCCUGGCAAAUGGUUCAAGUUCAAUGACACCGUGGUAGAAGAAUGCAAUAUGACUGAUGAAUCGUUGGAGCAAGAGUGCUUCGGUGGCUCCUACAAGGUCAAGAAUUAUGAUGGAGUGGCAUACUCGGAGAAUCGCCAUCGCUAUUGGAAUGGAUACAUGCUCUUCUAUGAAGCUAUGAAUCCGGACAAGCAGCAGCAGCAGCAACAGCAAGCACGCGAUCGGCAGGAGAGCACGGGCAGUGACAUGUCGUCAUCGUCUCACGAUGAAAAAGGAGGCAGUGGCCGACUUUCUCAGCUGGAAGCCCUAAUUCGGAGAGGAGAUCGGAAAGGUCUCUUUGCUGAAAAGAUUCCCGGGCGCAUACAGAAGAUGGUGUACGAGGACAACUUGCGCUUCAUGAUCAACAGAGCUAUGUACUGUCCCGAGUACUACACGUUUAUUCGGGACUUGGUGCGCUUCAACUCGCACUAUCACUCGGCUCCGCAGAUAGCUAUACCGUGCGUUCAGCUGUGUGUCGGCUAUCUCUUCAAUACCUACUUGCAUCUGCGGGCGGCAAUACGAUCCGAUCUGAACAACUGGAGAGAGAUAAUGGAGGCACUUUUGAGAAACAGCCGAGAAGCCUGUGAUUGGAUCAUCAAGUACCUGUGCACCGAGGAGGGAAUGCGAUAUCUCUGCCCUCUCCUACUGGAGUGUCCCGACUUUCAGGUGCGCGAGUUCUUCUUCUCACUGCUCGUCUACAUAUUCAAGGGCUACGCAGAGCAUAUCCGAACGCCGGAUCACCCUGCGGCCAAUAGGUUGAUACACAACUUGUUGACUUUCUUCGAGAAGGAGCUGGUGGACAACUGCAAAACGUCCGGCCAGUUCUUGCAGGUCUUCGCCGAGCUUCUCACCAUGAAGUUUGAUCUGUUCUCCGAGAUACUGCUGCGGCAGAAUGCGUUUGAGUACAUGUGCCGAUUUCUCCUGGGCCCGGUGCCUUCUGCUGGUGCUUCCAGUUCUGGUUCACAGCUAGAGACCAAUGUUGACACAAUGGAGACAGCGCAAGUGUACAGUGGACGACGUUGGAGUUCACAGCAGAGCCGUGACUUGCAUGUGCUCUACUCCUUGCUCUACCAGCUUGUCUUGACCUGCAAUGUAGCUCCUUAUCACCAAACUACUCCAACCUGUGUACACAUGCCGAUGCCUGCAACAGCAAUGCUUGUUCGUGAGGAGGACCUUCAUCCUGUGCCCAGGGGCAUGGAGGCAGCGCUUUUCGGCCCGGAUAGUCAGAAGUUUGUGCGAGAGCUUGUGUGGACAUCACGAGAGCAGCCAGAGUCUUUCUCCUACAACACCCAGGUGGUGUGUUACUGCAGCUGGUGUAAUCCCCAGUUCAGCUUCCUCAUCAUUCCCGAAAUACAGAGUCAGUUGAUGGCAGCACCUGCUAAUGAGCUGAAGGGCCUGUUCACCAUGCUCCUUCAUCUACUGUGCCUGGAGGACUGCUUGCAGCGAGAACGAAUCCAGCGUGCCGUGGACUGUCCCACGUCACAGUCCGUGCUCGCAAUCAUCAAGGCGACUAGCUCAUCUGACAGUCGACGUGCGUACCAGUGCAUCAAGUUCCUAGUGUCUCUUGCCACCAGGAGUGAGAUUGCAAGGAGUUUCCUGCAAGAACAGUCUGAGAGAUGGCAGUGGGCUGUGACCUGGUUGCGUGGCAAGAUGACAGAGAGCUGGGCGGCUCAGUAUUCUCACAUGUCCAACGAGACAACUAACUCCAAGCUAUUCCAGCGCACAUUCAGUGCCAAGGACACACUUGAAGAAGCAGACGCUUUGUUGACCCAGCUUGAAGCUCAGGAACAGCAGCAGCAGCGUGGUGGUACCAGGUUGUCUCCUGGCAGACAGCACGGUCAUCGUCACUCUUCUCAGUUUGUUGAACCCCAGCAGCAGCAAGUUGAUGUUGAUCACACGACCAAUAACCAGUCAACAACCAACAAUUCAGAGAAGUUUCUGGAAGGUGUUGACGACUAACAGAUUUUUUUGUGUUUCCAAGUUACGUAUUAUAGGUCUGCUGCUGUUUAUUCUCCGGAUUCUUUGCAGAUAGCAGCAGUUUUUCCUCAAUAUCACGUGUGCUAUUUUAUGAACUACUUUUGACAGCAUGUUUUUACAUACUCUUAGGGUUUUCAAUUUCUCGUCUGGUUUUGUAUUCCGGAUUCGUCAGCCUCUCCUUCCUAAAUAAAUGCCGUCAUGCUCUCUCUCUCUCUCUCUCUCUCUCUCUCUCUCUCUCUCUCUCUCUCUCUCUCUCUCUCUCUCUCUCUCCCCGUCUCUCUGUCUCUCCUUGUACUGCUUUUGCAAAUCAAUUCCACUGCCCACACUCAGGAAACACCAGGACCACCGUUGUCAUUAUUUCUAUCAUUGUUUUUUUAUUUUACCUCGGUCUUUUUUUGAGUUUUGACUACCUACCAUUUUCGUCUGGACAUAUUAUUUUAUUGGCUGUGUGGGGGCCCUCUUGGUCCUUUUAGUCCUUUUUAUUUUACACUAUAGCUAUUUUUUGCUUAGAAUGCUAUGCUGUUGCCAUUGGUUUCUUUGUCAUUUUAGUAGCUAUUUUGCACAUCUAUCAUUUCAGUCAAACUUGGAUGAUGCAUGAUGACCUUUGAUCCCAACAGAA